CAGGCUGCUGAUCUGGUACCAGGUAGGCCACUUCUGGGGAAACAGGGGUUAAUUACAUAUCCUGCUGCUGUCAUGGCCUGUGUGAUGUAGGUUACUGUUAUAAAGCACACAGGCUGCACAUGUAAAAGAGAGAUCAUAUUCUGCAUGUUUGUGAGUGUUUAAAUAUAUGGGCAUUAUAAUAUAGAUAAAAUGCUGUGAUGAUAUAGAAAGACACAUAUAGAUGCACAACAUAUUUGACACAUAAUAUAUAAUAGCAGUGUCUAAUUUAUACAUUUACACCCACCCAACAUAUAUGGUUUCAUGAACACAAUAAGUAGUGUUAGUCACUAAAGAGUGAAUUGUUUGUAUUUCAAUGUCAAUAUUACAUUUUAGGCUACAAUGAGGGUAAGGGGGGUGAUAUCUCUAAAUCAGCAAUAUAUUCAAUUCAUCUAGUUUCCCGAAAAUAUGAAAUUCACUUGGAAGUAUUGACAACUCACACCUUAGUGAAUAACCUGUAGAUGUUACGGGAUGCUGCGGCAUUCUUUGAGAACCACACGGUUAUUCUUAUUAUUACUAUCAUUGGCGUUUAUAUAGCGCCAACAAAUGCCAUAGUGCAUUACAAUAUUAUAGGAGGUGGAGAUUUAACAAUAAAUGAGAUAAUUACAAAAACUUACAGGAACAAUAGGAUGAAGAGGACCCUGUUCAAUCGAGCUUACAGUUGUUAGGCAGCCACCAGUGGAUGCCUUUUUUUUUCUCUUGGCAAAGGCGGAGAGUUAAAUGAUCACUAAAGUCACCCAGAACACUUCAUCACAGUGAAGUUCACCGAGUCGAGUGGACCUGUCAUUUUAACUGUUCAAGGUAAAAAAUAAAUUUAAAAAAAUGUACUUUUGAAGAAACGUCAGGGUUCACCUUGAAGGGUUAAACAUACCUCCAGUAGCUGUCUUCAACACAAAAUGUCAGCAACCACGCUUAAAAUCCAAUAUUGCUCUUGUAAACCAAACUUGUCUUAUUAAUUUGACUUUCAUAAUGUCUGGUCUAACUAUUGUACAGCAGUGCAGAAUAUGCUUGCACUUUAUAAUAAUAAUAAUAAUAAAAAAAAAUGUUAAAUUGGUUUGAUCAUCAUCUAACAAUAGCCAACAUUUUUGGUGGUUCCCAUUUUUUCACUCACCCUAUAGUGUCCUUGCUACGUUAGUUUAAAGGGACACUAGCCACCAGAACAACUACAGCUUAAUGAGGUGUUUCUGGUGUCUAUAGCCUGUCCCUGCAGACUUUUUAAUUCAGAGAAAAGGCUGUUUGCCACUAGAGGUGUUACUAGGCAGUCACUCAGAUGGCCACUAGAGGAGGUUCCUGGGUCAGUGGUGCACAGUGUGCAGCACUGACAUUCCACGUCUCCACACUCAGCAUGGAGAAACUGAACAGAGAUGCAUUAAUUUAAUACAUCUCUAUGAUUGGCGCAGCGCAGCAUUUUGCCAUAAUGGGCAAUAGCCUCUCAAUGGGGGGAUGGUGUAUCUAAACAGUGCAUUUAAAACUAAAGUAUAAGCAAUACAAGUUUGUGUUCCUUUGAUGUUGGAGAUUUGCACCAUACUGAAACAUGUUUUAAAAUUGCUUUUAUUGUAUAAAUAACGUUCUAUUAUUCUGUGUUAUCAUUUUAGAUGAGUUUAUUAGUGCCAUGACGCCCGAGAAAGGAUAAGGUUAUAGUGUCAAGAUUAUAUGUAAAAUGGAAGUGGCUGUGACUGGAGAGACUCUUGGAGAAGAGACACUAAGGACCCAAAAUGUAUCAAUCAAAAACAGCACAAGUUCCAAAGCAAUUUUGCCGAAUGUACGUUCCACACGUUCGGGUCAAGACUUUACAGCAGACCACCUGUAUGACUCCAGAGCAGAUGUUGUGUGCCAGCCUAUCUCUGCUCUGGAUGACAGUUGCCAAGAUUGGGAACUCAAUACAGCUGAACUCCAGGCCCAGUUACAGUCUCUGGCAUUUAAGAUUGGGGAUUCUGAAGCACCAAGGCAUAAGAGAAAAUACAGAUCCCAUCGCGGUCCAAAAGAAUACGUCUGUCAAGAAUGUGGUAAGAAGUUCACUCACAGUUCAACCCUUGCAACGCAUCAACGAACACACACAGGGGAGAAACCCUAUGCGUGUGUUGAUUGCGGCAAAUGCUUUACUCGUAGUUCAACUUUAAUCACACACCAGAGAAUCCACACUGGGGAAAGGCCUUACGGGUGUGCAGAGUGUGGUAAAAGCUUUAUCCAGAGUUCCCAUCUUGUGUUACAUCAAAGGACCCACACAGGGGACAGACCAUACUCAUGCAGUCAGUGUGGGAAAUCUUUUAGUAACAGUGCACACUACGUUAUACAUAAGAGAACUCACACUGGAGAGAGACCGUAUUCUUGCGUUGAAUGUGGUAAAAGCUUCAGCAGCAAGUCAUAUUUGGUAACACAUCAAAGGCUUCACAUGGAGAGCACAAUUUACAUUUGCAAUCAGUGCGGCAAAAGCCUACGUAACCAUUUAACCUAUGCAAGCCACCUGAAGACCCACACUGCAAACAAGCCAUUUUCGUGCAACGAUUGCGGGAAGAGCUUUGCGCGCAAGUUACAGCUGGUUUUGCAUAAGAGAGUCCAUACUGGAGAGAGACCAUAUGCUUGCGAUGACUGUGGGAAAAAAUAUACACGCAAAUCUUAUCUUAAUAUACAUCAGAAAAUCCACACGGAAGAGACACUGUAUGUUUGCACCUGUUGUGGAGAAAGCUUUGAAGACAAGCUUGCAUUACAGUCCCAUCGAGUAAGUCAUUCAGAAGAGACAGCUGAUAAGAAAUCUGAGUGCUCUGUGACCAAAGACUGACUAACUUCUAAAAGUAACACAACAAUCAUCAUAACCAGUACAGUACAUCCAUUUUAGAAUGGUUUGACAUCUUGGAUCCACUGGUUGCCACUUCCUUCCUCUGUUAAGCAGCCAGGACAGCCGUAAGCUCCUGUUUUGGAUCAGUUUAUUGCACUCAGCCAAUGAGCUCAGCCUUGCACCAUCGGGCUUAGUUCAAAGAGCUUCCAGUUCUCCUGUAGGCUAUAGUGGAUAAAGCAGACCACACAAGAAGUCAAACUGCUCUAAAAUGGUUAGAUCAGGAGGAGUUAUGUGGGAAGUAGUGGUUAUGGUGCAUGGGGGCGUUCCUUUAAGAGGGAGCUGUCGUGAACACUAGCUAUAUAUGGAAGUAAAAUAUGCUACUUUGUUUUUGUUUGAUUGUUAUCUGCCAAGGUUUCUCAAUGAAAUGUUUCGUUUUUCUUCCGCUCAUUUUACAGAGCAUACAACUUCAUCUAUACUUUGUGCUUGCAGAAUGGCUAACAAACAUAUAGAUUAUCAGAUAUUUCUAAUUCAAAUAUUAAAGUUCCCUCAAUCAUUUCUCAGCAUGCAGGGCUAUCCUGAGGGUUGAGUGACAUGAAAGAAGCAGGAGAACCCUCCUACAGGCAGGACCAAUCAUGUUGAGGAUGAUAGGAGGUUUGUGGAGCCUGAGUGGCUUGUAUAUUAGUCUGAUCAGUGAUAAAUUAUAUAUUCAUGGUUUGAUAAAAUUUUAGGGCUGAAAAGUUACAUCAUGACAGGUUCACUGUAAAGGAAUUCUUCAAAAACAUAAAGCACUUUAGCUUGCUUGCAUGCUUUGUGUGCCUGGAGCCUGUGCUGUGUUUAUCUUCUUCUUCCAGUUUAUUCAAUUUUUUUAUUUCAAUUAACAGACUUUGCCGCAACACCUCCCUAGCUGUCAGUCAAACUGUAAGUGGGACUUUCAUCCUCUGUGGUAAGCAAGCUGUAUCCCCAUAUACUCACAAAGAAAACACGCUGUCAACAUGCAUGCUUUCUUUAGGGAUAUAUCUACUAAAUGGUGAAAAGGGAAAAAAUUGUGUUAAUUCUGUUCCAACCCUGGAAAGAUAUUAACUGAGGUCUCCACGUAGGCAGAGAUUUAUGAAAGAAACAAUGAGACAAUCACCGUAGAAAACAAUUAGAGCCAGGAGGAACAUACCAUGUGUGACACCUCCUCUUCUUACAAUCAAAGUAUGGUUUGUGUUCCACAAAUUAAUGCAUGAAGUCCAUCUUUGUGCUACGAUGUUCCUGCCCUCUAUCGUGCUUUUAAUAACACAUCAGUGCCUCCAACCGAACAGAUCCUUCUCCCAACCUCGAUCAUCAAUGGCCAAAGUGUAAAGAUGUAAUUUAACUAUGUGAAGCAGAAAAGUGCUACACUUGGACCAAAGCAUACGAAUGACAGUGACAUAUUUAAGGGACUAUCCCCCUCGUCAGACCAAAGUGUAUUAAUGACAUUUAAAUUUUCCUGUCCUAUCUUGGGCCACAGUGUACUAAUGACAGUCAUCUGUUUAAAGUAUCACACUGUAACAAGUGACACUUUAACUAUAUUUAUGGUUCUAAAAUAAAUAAAUCUCAUAAAAACAUCUGCAGUUCUAUAACAUUUCUAUUUGUGCGUGAAAGUGAUAUUGUUUAGAUAUGUGUGUAUAAGUUAAGGUACCAGAAGUUAUGUACCGCCAUAGGAAGCUGUUGGUUGUUCAAACUUUUAGUUGACAAGCCCGCAAAAUCUAUCUUCUGACCAGUGCCUCUUGUAGCGGAGCUCCCUGUAUCCCAGCUGGGUACCUCCGCCAAGGACUGCUUCCUAGCUGGAACCAAG